AUGGCAUCUAAGAAAUCAGAGAAACAAUUCAUGUUAUCAGAGAAUGAAUUUAAUCAAAUGGCUUAUGAUAAUACAGCAUUAAUGAAUCCACAAUAUAUUGAUGAUAUAGAUUAUAAAAGUGAAAUUCAACCAAUGAAUUCUCAACAAACAAAAUCAAAUCAAUUCAUAAAUAAUGCUGAUUCAGAUCGUUAUAGUUGUUGGAGUCGUUUUACACACUGUAUUCGGAGUGCAUGGGCAACAAGAUUAACUGAGGAUACAAUGGAUAAUAGAGAAUUAUAUAUACAUACAACAUUGAGAGAAUUAGUGAUUUAUAUAUUUUUCCUUAUUACACUAAUGAUUGUUGCUUACGGACCAUUCAAUUCAAAUACUUAUUUAUUGACAAGCAGUAUGAACACUAUGUUUCUUCAAGCUCAAGUAACCAAUGGAACAGAUUCAUUAAGUACUGCUAGUUCACUUGAUGUUUUAUGGUCGGUAAUACAAGGUCCUAUUAUGAAUAAUUGGUAUAGUAAUACAUGGUAUAAUACGCAACCAUUUGCAACGGCAAAUAACUUAACCCUAUUAUAUCAGAAUCGUUUAAUUGGUGUGCCACGUUUAAGACAGCUACGUAUGCCAUCGAAUUCAUGUAUGAUUCCAGUUUAUUUCGCUGAUGAUAUCAAAGAAUGUUAUGGACAAUAUCAAGAAGCGAAUGAAGAUAAAAAACCAUUUGGUUUAAAAAAUGGUACAGCUUGGACAUAUACAUCAUCUGAUCAAUUAGGCAUGUAUUCAUAUUGGGGUUCAGUUAGUUCUUAUGGAGGUGGAGGUUAUUAUGAAGAUUUAUCACGUGAUCAAACUGAAGCAGCAAGUCAACUUGAUAGAUUAUUUCAAAAUUUAUGGUUAGAUAGAGGAACUCGAGUUCUAUUUAUACAUUUUACAACGUAUAAUCCAAAUAUGAAUUUAUUUUCUGUUGUUGAGAUUGUUGUUGAAGUUCCUGCAUCAGGAAGUCUCGUCCUCAAUAGUGAUUUUAGAUCAGUUAAACUCUUGCGUUAUGUAACUCCAUUUGAUUAUUUUGUAUUAGUAUGUGAAUGUGCAUUCUUAUUAUUUAUCGCUUAUUAUAUAGUUGAAGAAAUUAUGGAAAUAAAGAAACAAGGAUGGAUUUAUUUUGUAUCUGUAUGGAAUUCAUUAGAUAUUAUUAUUAUUCUUAUUAGUAUUGUAUGUGCAGCAUUCAAUAUUUAUCGUACAAUAAUUGUAAUCAAUUUACUUGAAAGUAUAUUACAUAAUCCAAAUGAAUUUGCUAAUUUUCAAAUGUUAAGUAUAUGGCAAGUGAAUUUCAAUUUUGCUAUCUCUAUUACUGUAUUUCUAGCUUGGGUUAAAUUGUUUAAAUACAUCAGUUUCAAUAAAACAAUGACACAAUUAAGUUCAACACUUGGUAGUUGUGCAAAAGAUUUAGCUGGUUUCGCUAUCAUGUUCUUUAUUGUAUUCUUUUCAUUUGCACAACUUGGUUAUUUAGCAUUCGGUACACAAGCAAAAGAUUUCAGUUCAUUUAUUACAGUUGUUUAUACCCUAUUUCGUAUUAUAUUGGGUGAUUUUGAUUUUAAUGCAUUGGAAACAGCAAAUCGAGUGUUUGGUCCAAUUUAUUUUAUUGUUUAUGUAUUCUUUGUAUUUUUUGUACUUAUUAAUAUGUUUAUUGCAAUUAUCAAUGAAACUUAUUCAUCAGUUAAAUCAGAUUUAGAAAAACAACCAAAUGAAUUUGAAAUGAAAGAUUUUCUUAAAGAUAGAAUGAGAAAUAUGCUAGAAAAAUUAAAAAUUAAAAAGAAACGAAUUGAAAAUAUACAAAAUGCAAUGGAAUUGGCUGAUUUUAAUAAAGAUGGUAAAUUAGAAUAUACUGAAUUGUGGAAACAUUUGAAAACCAAAGGUUUUACUGAUGAAGAAAUAAAAAUGGUAUUUGAAAAUUUCGAUGAAAAUAAAGAUAACAUUUUAUCACAUACGGAACAGUUGAAAUUAAAAGCUUCACUAGAAGAACAAAAGAUUGCUUUAGUCAGUGAAUUAGCUAAAGAAGAACGCUUAAAUUUAGACGCGAAACAACCUGGAACAAGUCAGUCAAAAAUAGCACCGACUACACAAAUUAAAAUUGAUAUAAAACAAGUUGAAUUUAUGCAAUUAUACAAUCGUGUUAAUCGUAUUGAAAAUGGUAUGGGUCAAGUUAUUGGACAUAUUGAAGAUGUGUUAAAAUCUUUAGCAACAUUGGAAAAGAUCAAAGUUAUACGCCGUGAAACAAUGACACAAUUUUUACAAACUAUUAUUUCAACUAGUCCACAAGACAGAGGUGAUCGAUUGGAUGAUAUUAUUCAAGCUGGUUUAGACGACAUGACUAGUACGGUUGAUCUACAACAUGAGUGAUAUCUCAUAGUUAUUUAAUUGGUAAAUGGAUUAUCUAUUUUACACCUUCGUUGGUAAUCAAAUUGAAUUAUGAUCACUUUAGAAGGAAGUUUUCAUCAUAGUUGUAUACUUAUAUUACACUCGAAUAGUUCUAUUACAUCAUUUGAUAGAUUACUUUAUUAUACUACUGAAUACAAAACAAAAAAGUAAACUAUAGAUGUUACUAAUGUGAUACACUUUAAACCUUCUUUCUUUUCAAUCACAUUUUUACGUAACAUGAAAUCGAUUAUUUAUUUUUAAAGUUUCUAAAUGACACUUUGUCUUAAACAUCAUUUACAUGGCUCAUUUUAUUAGUUACAUAUUCAGCAAUCAAUAAAUGUUCAAUGUUUAGUAACAUAGGUGAAUGUUGUAUAUUAAAGUGUAAUUCCCCUUUCUUUUCUUUUUUCUUUUCAUUUGCUGUUGUUGACGAAGAUUUCAUUUUAAUCAUUUAAGCUACAUUUCGAUUUGGUCUUAGUAUACAAUUCAUGAUGCUUGCUCAAUUAGUUUUAUGGAGUUAAAGGGGAGAGAGAGAGGGGGGAAUAUUUAACAAUGCUAACUAGAUACAGUGAACUUAUUUAGCAUUGAACACUUAUUGAGCCCUUGUGUUGUUGUUCUGUUUUCGUUUGUUUGUUUUUUUUGCAACAUUCAGUUAUAUUACCUUCAACAUAUUGACACACACGUACGCACACAAAGGCAUAGCAACCAGAAACAAACAAAUCAUCGAUUUAAUAUUUUAUUGUACCGUUUAAAAAAACAAGAGAAAAAAAAACGAGACAUUUUUAUUUUUACAGAGUAUGUUUUUUGUGUUUUCUUUAAUAAUAAAGAUGAAAUCUGUUAUUUGUUUAUGGUUACAUAACAGGAAAUGAUAAUCAUUCAUUAUGUAAUUCAUGUGUG